AGGAUAUGUAAAAUUCUCCCAAAGAAAAUCCUCUUAUUGGUAACUAUGAUGAUUUAGUCAAUAAUUUAGAUACAGGAAGCAUCGUUUAGGAAAUUUAUAGGGAGGAAUAUGUUCCAGUUUAAUAGAUUUAAAGAAGAGAGGAGGAUGCAGUAUUUAUUGAUGAAAACCCUUAAAAUGUUUUGGAGAAACUCAUGAAGCUCAAGGAUUGCCAUUACAAAGAGAGGUAAAAUAGAUGGUAAAGAUAGACUGGCAUUUACGAAAAGAUUAGGGGAACUGUUAACAUGGAUAGGAGAUUCUUCAAUUGAUAAUUUAAAUACAAUCAUUCAGUAGAUAGUAUACAUCUGGUUUUAAUGGGUAGUUAGAAGAUGCUGAUGAAAUUAAGAAAAAUUUUAUAGCCCAAUUAGAGUAAAUCUGUGUUCUUUUGAAAACUAAAUAAAAUAGUUAAGAGCUCAUCAAACAACAUGUUGUGAAAGCUUUGCAGGAAUUAUUAAAAUCUAAUAAUUUUGAUGUAAUGAAUUGAUUCAAAAUAAGAUCAAAGAGUAAGCCGGAAACUCUAUAAGUAUAGUGGCCAAAGAAUUAAAUGAAAGAGACAGAGGAAAUCUCAUUCUAACCUAAGUGAUUCAGAUGGCCCAUGAUGACAAUAAUGAUGAGAAUGUGAUGAUUGCCGUUAAAGUUAAUGCCAUCAAUUAUUUUUUAGCUAUUUGGUUAAUUGGCUGCAGAUUUUGGACCAGAAUUAUCGGAAUCCUUCAUCGCAUUGGAAAUUUUAUCCAAGGGAGAUGAUGCCAAAUAACCAAUACGCAAAGAGGCCGUACUUCAAUUAGCCAACAUUGCUAAAGUGCUCUCUAAAGAUUUUAUCAAACAUAGACUCAUCCCAUUUUUUUCUAAGUAAAUUUCAGUUUGAAUAAAAAAGGAAAACCGAAGAAAGAACCUGGUAAACAAGAAAGGCCUGUCUUGAUAUUAUAGUUAAAUUAGCUGAAUAGACAGACACAGAAAAUUUUGAUUUGAUCACAGGAAGAUUACUUGCUUUAUUAGAGUAUAAUUCAAUUAAUAAAAAGUGAUCAAAACAAAUGGGUCAAACAGCAUGCAUAUAAAUAAUUAGGCAAAUACAUAUCAAUUAUCACAAGAUAAGAAAAUAUCAAUGAUAAACUCUUAGAAUUCUAUUUGAAAAUGAAUGAUUCUGAUAUUAGAGAACUAGGAAUUGAUAAUGAAGUAAACCCAUUUUAUAUUUCAUAGAUCGUCAUUGAAUGUGCAUUGUAUUUCCCAGCCGUGCUCUAAGUCUACACUGAUAAAAAGUGGCCUCAACUUAGCAAAUUAUUUAUGAAAUUGAUUAAUCACAAGGAUAAGGUAUACAUAUAUACAAUAUUUCUUUGAGAGUCAAAAAACCUUUGGCUUGUAGUAUUCAUGUUUUAGCUAAAUUGUUGGGACCCUAACAAGCUUACUCAGAAUUACUUAAAGUCUUAGAGUAAUUGCUUUAGGAUCCAAAUGAUGAAAUCAAACAUGGUGCAGUUGAGAACCUAGGCUUAUUUUUUGAUGCUAUCGAAGAAUCUAAAAGAGCAUCUCUUAUUGAUAUCUUAUUGAUUAUUUAGAAGGACUAAAAGAAAUGGAGAAUCAGAGAACUAAUUGCUAAAUAAAUUUCUCACCUUGCCUAAGUCUUUGAUGUUGAAACUGUAUUUUCUAUUAUACUACCAGUUUCAACUAAAUUGUGCAAUGAUAAUGUGUUUGCUGUUAGAAAAGCUGUAAAUAUUAUUUAAUGAGAAUUUUAGGCUGCAAAACAAAUCUUUGAACUUUAUGAUAAAUUUUAGAAAAGUCAAAAUGAACUAUACUUCAAUGUAUUGAAGUAGAACAUUUUAGGUUUUGCAAACAGUAAUAUGUUCAAUUAAAGAUAAAGGUAUUUAAUUCUUUCAUUAUUAGUUUUGUCAUUAUGUGUGAAAAACUUAUGAAAUUUGAACAAUUUCAAGUUGACUUUCUUGAAGCUUUCAUUAAUUUGGGUUAGGACCCCAUCAAAAAUGUUAGAAUUACAGUCGCAAAAGUACUUCAAAAACAUUUGUUUAAAUCAAAAUAAUAAGCAAAUGAAGGAUUGUUCAGAGACUAAACUUCAAUUUAAACGCUUUGGAAUUUGUUAAUUAAAGAUAAAGUAGUUUUUAACUCCUUAGAUAAUAAGAAAUAUCCAAAUUCAAAGUAAAAAAUUGUUGUUAUUUAGUUUGCAAAAAUCUCAAUAAGUCUAAUUGACAUAAAGUUAAAUUAAAUUUCAAAAAACUGAAUAAUAAGAAUAGUAAUAAUAAUAAGAGAUAUAAUAAUAAUAAUAAGAACAAUAAUACUAAGAAUAAGAAUAGGAAUAAAAUUUAUCUAAUUAGGAAUAAAGUUUAAAUACCUCAGUUCCUGAAGAAAAUCAAAAUAAAGAAAUAAUGGUUUUAGAAGAAUAAUUUGAAAAGAGCAAUUAAAUUGAUCAAAACAAUACCAAUGUUGAAAUUAAUUAAGAAGAGCAAAUUACUCAAACUAUCGAUAACAACGAAAUUGAUAUUAAGUAACAUACUUAAGAAGAAACUUAAGAAACUCAAAUUCAAAUGGAGUCAGAGAUUAAUGAGAAAUAAUAAGAUGAUUAAACCUAAUAAGAAAAACAAUAAAAUGAAGAAACGGAAAUUUAAGAGGAUUUCUAAAAUAUUCAAAAGAAUGACGAAAAAGAAAUAGAGUAAGAAUGA